CGUUUCCGGAGGGAGAGAAAGGCCUGGCGGCCGGCCUGGGAGAAGGAUCUCCGCGGCGGGGGCGGGGCCGGCCCGGCUUCCUGAGGGAGUCGGCGGCCCGAGUCUCCGCCCACGCGCUGAAGAGCCGCGGAGACCCGCCGGAGCGGCCGAGCCCCGCCGACACCGCCCGAGACCAGCCGAGAAGCCGAGCCCCUCCGACCCCGGCCCGAGACCCUCCGAAGGGCCGAGGCCCGCCGACACCCGCCCGAGACCCUCCCGAGAGGCGGAACGCGGCGGAGCUCCGGCCGCGCGCGUGCCGGGCGGACGCUGCGGAAAGAUGAAUUUGCAACUGGCCUUCUGGAUUGGAUUCAUCAGCUUGAUUUGUUCUGUAUUUGGCCAAACAGAUAAAAAUAGAUGUUUAAAAGCAAAUGCCAAAUCUUGUGGAGAAUGUAUACAAGCAGGGCCAAAUUGUGGGUGGUGUACAAAUACGACAUUUUUACAAGAAGGGAUGCCUACUUCUGCACGUUGUGAUGAUUUAGAAGCUUUAAAAAAGAAGGGCUGCCAACCAAGUGACAUAGAAAACCCAAGAGGCUCCCAAACGAUAAAGAAAAAUAAAAAUGUCACCAACCGCAGCAAAGGAAUGGCAGAGAAGCUCCGGCCAGAGGACAUAACUCAGAUCCAACCACAGCAGCUACUUCUGAAGUUGCGCUCAGGAGAACCACAGAAGUUUACAUUAAAAUUCAAGAGGGCUGAAGACUACCCCAUUGAUCUCUACUACCUUAUGGAUCUCUCCUACUCUAUGAAAGAUGAUCUGGAGAAUGUGAAGAGUCUUGGGACAGAUCUGAUGAAUGAAAUGAGGAGGAUUACCUCAGACUUCCGAAUUGGCUUUGGCUCAUUUGUGGAGAAAACUGUGAUGCCGUAUAUUAGUACAACCCCAGCAAAGCUCAGAAACCCUUGCACAAGUGAACAGAACUGCACCAGCCCAUUUAGCUACAAGAAUGUGCUCAGUCUUACUGACAGAGGAGAGUAUUUCAAUAAACUGGUCGGUCAGCAGCGCAUAUCUGGAAACUUGGACUCUCCAGAAGGUGGUUUUGAUGCAAUCAUGCAGGUUGCCGUGUGUGGAUCACUGAUUGGCUGGAGGAAUGUAACACGACUGCUGGUGUUUUCCACGGAUGCCGGGUUUCACUUUGCUGGAGAUGGGAAACUUGGUGGUAUUGUUUUACCAAACGAUGGACAGUGUCACCUGGAAAAUAACGUAUACACAAUGAGCCAUUACUAUGAUUACCCCUCAAUUGCUCACCUUGUCCAGAAACUAAGCGAAAAUAACAUUCAGACAAUCUUUGCAGUUACUGAAGAGUUUCAGCCUGUUUACAAGGAAUUGAAGAAUUUGAUUCCUAAGUCAGCAGUGGGUACACUGUCUGGAAACUCCAGUAACGUGAUCCAGCUGAUCAUUGAUGCCUACAAUUCCCUUUCUUCAGAAGUCAUUCUGGAAAACAGCAAGUUGCCAGAAGGAGUAACAGUAAAUUACAAAUCCUACUGCAAGAAUGGGGUGAACGGGACAGGAGAAAAUGGACGAAAGUGCUCCAACAUCUCCAUUGGAGAUGAGGUUCAGUUUGAAAUAAGUAUAACUGCAAAUAAAUGUCCAAAUAAGGAGUCUGAAACCAUUAAAAUUAAGCCUCUGGGCUUCACUGAAGAAGUAGAGGUUAUUCUUCAGUUCAUCUGCAAGUGCGAUUGCCAAAGCCAUGGCAUCCCAGCAAGUCCCAAGUGCCACGAGGGGAACGGGACAUUCGAGUGUGGAGCCUGCAGGUGCAAUGAGGGGCGUGUUGGGAGGCACUGUGAAUGUAGCACAGAUGAAGUGAACAGUGAAGACAUGGACGCUUACUGCAGGAAAGAGAACAGCUCAGAAAUCUGCAGCAACAAUGGAGAAUGUGUCUGCGGACAGUGUGUGUGUAGGAAGAGAGAUAAUACAAAUGAAAUUUACUCUGGCAAAUUCUGCGAGUGUGAUAACUUCAACUGUGAUAGAUCCAAUGGCUUAAUUUGUGGGGGAAACGGUGUUUGCAGGUGUCGUGUGUGUGAGUGCUAUCCCAAUUACACUGGCAGUGCAUGUGACUGUUCCUUGGACACUACUCCAUGUGUAGCAACAAAUGGUCAGAUCUGCAAUGGCCGGGGCGUCUGUGAGUGUGGUGCCUGUAAGUGCACAGAUCCCAAGUUUCAAGGGCCAACCUGUGAGACGUGUCAGACGUGCCUUGGUGUCUGUGCAGAGCACAAAGAAUGUGUUCAGUGCAGAGCCUUCAAUAAAGGAGAAAAGAAAGACACGUGUGCGCAGGAGUGCUCCCACUUCAAUCUCACGAAGGUGGAAAGCAGAGACAAGCUGCCCCAGCCGGUGCAGGUCUACCCCGUGACCCACUGCAAGGAGAAGGACGUGGAUGACUGCUGGUUCUAUUUCACCUACUCGGUGAAUGGCAACAGCGAAGCCAUCGUGCAUGUGGUGGAGACUCCAGACUGUCCUACUGGUCCUGACAUCAUUCCAAUUGUAGCAGGUGUGGUUGCUGGGAUUGUUCUCAUUGGCCUUGCCUUGCUGCUUAUUUGGAAGCUUUUAAUGAUAAUCCAUGACAGAAGAGAAUUUGCUAAAUUUGAAAAGGAGAAAAUGAAUGCUAAAUGGGACACGGGUGAAAAUCCUAUUUACAAGAGUGCCGUCACAACUGUGGUGAAUCCGAAGUAUGAGGGAAAAUGAGUCCUCCUCAGGCCGGGCUUGCCACACCGAGCUCACAGCAGCGUCGUCUUAGUCACGUAGGGUAGCUUUGGGGCUCUGUGGCCAGGGGCUCAUUCACGUGCAGGUUUGGAAAAUGUACAAUAUGUAUAAUUUUUAAUUUUUUAUUAUUUUGAAAAUAAUGUUAUAAUCCUUGCCAGGGACUGACAGAAGACUUGAGAAAGGAUCUUUAUCCUUGUCAGCUGAGGUCACAGUGUGCCUUUUUAACCCUUCCUCCCGGAUCCUUGGGAUCAGGCUCUUAGUGCAUCCCGUGACACUGCUGGGGCGAAGGCAGGGCAGAGUUGAAGCAGCAGCCUCACAAGUGUCUGCACCCAGCCACCGAGCUCAGCCAGGGCUGCUCGCACGGAGUCCACAGUGCAGUCCGGCUGGCGGCUUGGGGCCUGCUUCAGCCUGCUGCUGCCCGCUGGGCAUGCCCAAUGAUGCACCGGAAAGACAAGUAUGCUGACAGUUUCCAGUUAAAAUAAUUUUGACACAGUUGAUCUACAGAGGCCAUUGGGAAAAUUCAGAGAGGUGGAAGGAAAAACUUAGCUUUAAAACCUGUGUGCCAUUAUGAGUUACUUGAUCCCGUAACUCUGAUGCCUUCUCUAUAAAUCCAAGCUUGGAUAAAAGUCCUGGGAACUUCUCUGCUAAGGAGUCCCUGAUGUAGCACUAUUCACAUAAAGGCCAUAAUUUUCAAAGCAUUUGCUGAACGGGAACCUUUUGGAUGAGUUUAUUUUACUUCACCGUUUUUGUUUAAUUCCUGGUGCUCCUUUAUCACCUCCUCUCAUCUUUUAAUGUGUCUGUUUGCAGUUUGGGGUUAAGACUUUGUAUCAUUACCUUUUCAUUUACUUGGCUGUACAUUUGCCUUUUUCACAAACACUCGAAGCUGUCCUGCUGCUUGCAGGGCCACAGGACCUGGGCAGGCCCCUCAGCAGCGAUUCAACCACUGUGCGCCUUCUGAAUGCGCCUUCCCUUCUGAGCUUGCUCUGUCUCACACUAGUCACAAUCUUGUUUUAAGUGCCUUUUAAUUUUGACAAUGCUAUUAACUGAAGUUAUUUAUUAAAAUAAAAAGGCCUAAAAUACUUAA